GACCCGAGCGCAGCGCACGGUCCACUGUCUCCGCCCCAGUGAUGCCCCGCGAUCCGGAUCGACGGCUCGCGACUUGAUCCGCUCUUCCGCAUCGCUAUACAGAGACCCGGGGAAAAUUCCGCGCCUAGUGAUCGCCGACACCACUUGUCCCUCGUCCUCGGCCAAGUCGGGGACUCCGCUAACUGACGCCAUAGGAAUGUGACACUGGCGGGCAUAAUGCUGGGGCUCUGUUUUCUGCUUUUGACAGCUGCAGCGUGGACAACCUCAGCAUCAGACCCCCUCUCCACCUCUCACUCCGAGCAUUCUUCGGUUCCGAAAUACUACAGCGGAACGAAGAAGUUCGGAGACAAAUGUGAGAACACGUGGGAGUGUGGGUUCGACGGUGGCAUCUGUGACGCCAUCAAAAAGUCUUGCCAGUGCCUCCCAGAGCUUCCAGCCACCAACCACAUCGACAAAUGCGGAAAAGAGGCUGCAGUGAACGAGUCAUGUUUCUUCGACGAGCAAUGCGAAUCCUCGUACUUCCAAACGAAAUGCCAGGACGGCAAGUGUGUUUGCCGCUUCGACAUGAAACCUGUCUUCCACAAAGAUGGCUCAGUAGAAUGCAUCGGAGACACCUCCAGCUCGGGCCCAACGACGUACAUAGACCCAACCAUGAUCGGAAUUUUAGUUGUCAUGUUCCUCAUGUUCAUUAUCAUCUGCGUUGUUCUCCGGUUGUUCAGCAAGGCUCGCUGGCAGGAGAACCGGACAAUCUUCAACACGCCGAACCCACGGCUGAUGAACGUCUCGCUCCUCCGCGACGCCAAGCACACGGUGGCCCCGGAAGAGCGGCGAGGGAGCCACCAUAGCGUGAGCCGGCAGCACAGCGCCGCAUCGCUCAGGCUCCACUCCCCCUCCAACCCGCAAGUUGCUGGAAUCGGAACCCAAAAUGGGCGUAGGGAGAGCAAAGGAAGUUACGGGACAGGCCUGAAAUCCCCGACAUCAAAUACGAAACUGGAACCUGCCACUUUAGAAUCACCGCUUGCUUGAUCCUUUUCGCAGCCUUACAAUCACAGGAAUGCAGCUAAGCUGGAAUACUACCUAUUCAUCACAAUUCAUACUUUUUAUAAACUGCAAAAAGUUGACUUGAAAUUCUUCACGAAAUCUUUCAUUUACAUUGCUUCGAUUUAGAGUAGAUUUUAUUGCCUCUUUUUACUUCUUACCACGUUGAAACUGAUCAAUAAACAAGAAAAGGGACCAGCCUACCACAAAUUAUCAUUUUUGCAGGUGCAUAGUUUUGAGUUGUGUACAUAAUUUGGAUGUUUAGAAAUACUUUUGUUUUAACCGUCUUCGUACUUUGACGAGUUUGCUGUUUUUGGUGUUCCAUUCUUUUACGUUUUCAUAUUCAGCAAAAAUGUUGAAAAGUUGUACCUAAUCAUGUACAGAUAUUUGAUAAGUUAUCAUUUGUUAAUUUUUUGUCUGAGAAACGAUUUUAGAUGAUGGUGAUGAGAUUUAGGCAGGACCCAUGCCUACAUUUAAAAUAUUAAUCACAGGAAAAAAAUUUGCAUGCAGUGAAUGCAAAUUUCUUCCAGGGAGGUCUUAUGAAACUGAAGUGCCCUUAAAAUUAUAAAAAUCACAUUACACGUAGAUAAACAAGAAAGGAGCACAGAGUUAUGAUAGCUGGUAAAUUUACUGGGAAAAAUGGAAAAAAUCCACGCACAAAUUAAACAAGUGAGCCAUAAUUCCACUUCAAAUUUUUCGUUUUGUUCAAGGCGAAAUUUUUAUUAUGAGGAAACGUGUUCAUAUUUUUGUACUAGCUUUUCUGGUGAAAUUUUUCCGCAUACAGAAGAACAUAUCUAGUAAUUUGAAGCAUACUGAAUAAGUUUUCUUGCAAUAAUUAAAUGAAUGCUGUAGAAAAGAGUGAAAAACCAUGAUAUAUGUCUAACAGUGUAUGGCAACAUUAUAUGUACCUACUUGCUGGAUGGCAUAAUUUAUAAUUUCAGUUGAAUUUUCUCUGAAAACCGUAAACAGUCAUACUGAUCACAUAUUUUGUGAAAUCCUCUUGUUUUUUAGAUGUCAGUGAGGAUAAACUAUAAUUUUAAGUCCACAAAGGAAUGAUGCAUUCUUGAGAAAAGUAAAAACUUCUCGAGUAUCAGUGUAGAAGUUUAAUGUAACACUCCGAGAUAUCUACACCAAGACUUUGUACUGAAGUUCUCCUCAUAAAUUUUUACUUUCAUCGUUAAUUUUUGCAACUCGUAAAGCAUGAAAACAUACGCCUAAAACUCUAAUUUUAUGUCCGAUUAUUGUACUUGCUAAAAUUCAUAGUCAAAACUUGAUUAUCCGACCUUUGAUCAUUUAACAUCCUCGCCAUUUCAACAGAAUCUUCCAGAGUUAGAAUUUUUUAUUUUCUUUUUGCCAAAUGUGAGAAAAAGUAGCAUGUGUGCAACUUUCACUAAGAGAUACUUAAACUGGUACACAACAAGAACAGUACGUAAUCCACUAGCACUAGUGUGGAUAUCGUUCAUACCCUUUGACGAUUUUCUUCAUCAAAUAAAGUUGUUUUUCGCCUGGGAGUAACGUCUACAAGUCUUACUCCUAAUUGGACUUCAUUUUGCAAUUAGGAACGAAAAUUUCUGGCUCAUUUGUAAAAACACUUACGUACAUUGGGAAACUAAAGAUCCAUAAGUUGUUUUUGAACUGAGCCAGAACUUAUAGUUCCGAAUUGCAAAAUGUAGUCCAACUGUAUGUCCUGUUAGUUGAACUGUGCUUUAGCGGCCUGUAUUCCAAUUUUGUUGGAGUCGAGGAUUCCUCAAAUCAUUUUUGAUUAAGGAAUAUAUGACUGAUAUAGCUGGUACAGUUCCCCGCAAGAUGGGAUAAUCAAGUUUUGAAUGUAUUUUGAUCUUGAUGAGAAAGUUGAAACUAGCUGGUUAGGCGUAAGGAUCCCUUGUAAAAAAAAAACAAUCAGAUUUUGAAAUACAGAAGCUACUGUAUUUUCACGUUCUUAGUAGAAGUAGAAUCUUCUCUUCUUAGAACAUCGUGUAAAUAUUAGGGUCAACUUGUUUUGCUGUAUACAAGAUUGUUCUACGCUCUCCGGGAGGCAAGUGCCAUUGAACACCACGCUCUUCGAAAUUGAAGAUAAAAAAGUUGUUAUUUUUCUUUAAAGUCGUUGUCAUAUUACUAACUUUUUGUAAGUAACGAAGUAAAAAUUAGAGUGAGCAGAAAUAGUAAUUGACUCCCAAAAAUUUCUAAAAAUAGGAAAGAACUUUUUCUUUCUGUUUCAAAAUAUCUAUUUGACAUACAGUAGAUUAAUAAAAACUGGUUACUGUGAAAACAGAAACUGACUUUUUAAAAACUCAAAUUUCUAUGGAAAAAAUCAGUAUGAAUUGCCAAAAAAGGCUUACGCUGCCGUGCCAAAAAGAAUGCUCCACGACCCUGAAAUCAAGAUGAGUCAUCUCGGACCUGUUGCUAACAGAUCAGCUUAUAUUAUAUCUGCUAUUACAUUCUUAGUCCCUAUACAAACCUAAAACUAACUAAAAUUCAAUUUCAUCCACUGAGAUGUUUGAAAGGUUGUAAUUUGAUUGGUCAAAAUGUGUUCCUGAGAGAAUAUGCUUUUCACUAGAACAGUGUUGUUUUCUGGUUAUGGCAGUUUUUAUGCUUGAAAAAAGUUUUUAAAAGAAAGUCACAGGAAAAACUUAAACCCUGGUAAAUCAAGUAUUACUUCCCGUAUACUUCAUUUUUCUCCUCUUGUAAACUGUCACUCUGCAUGAUAUAUUAAAAGGCUAAAGUUGAAAAAUGUGCAUCUCAAAGUGCAAGAACGCACGUCUCUGCUCAUGUUCUAUUUUAAUUUUAAAAAAGAAAAGUAACCAGCGGUUUCUACCAAAAUAUUCUGUGAAUUUUCUUUAUUCAUUCUAAAGAAAAGAACACAAAAUUGCAAGGAAACAUUUUGAUCGGUUUUCUUUGAAGUGCGUAAAACAUUAUCGGAGAUUUUUAUACAUAGAAAAUGAGAUACGCAUUUUUUUCAUUUAGCCAUUGAUAUUCCAAAUCCUCUUUUGAUGGGAACUUUGAAAUUUUUUUAUUCUUCUGAACACUGAUUAAGUAAAAUUAAUUCCAAGAAUUAAUUUGAAUUGAUUUAGUUGAAACAAUUUUGAGUUUUACUGCUUUCUUGGGGGAAAGAAAAAUUUGGGAAAUCGAAAAACUUGGGAUUAAACCUACUGAUAAUACUAAAUGCCACUAGCCUCAGGAGAUCUGUCCUCUUUUUCACUUCAAUAUUUAUCUUUCUUAAGAUUAUCAUAGUACACUUCUUCUAUUUUUUUGUCGGAUGAAUAAGUUUGUUUUGAAUACCUGUAUAACUGAGAUUCUUAGAGCACUAAGUCAAAUAGUAAUCGCAUUAUUGCCUAAUUUUUGGACAGAGUGCCUACACCUAGAUGAUAUGUAAAUUUGAAACCAUUUUUGGGUACACAUUUAUUUUUCCAAACAUGUAGAAAACGAUGUGUACACACAAGAGGAAUUGUAAGAAAACAAAUGGAGUAUUGUACUCUAUGACAGCCGAAUCGGAAAAGUGUUCACAAUUUUCCUAGGGAAUUUGUUGUUUUAUUGAAGGAAAUAUGGCAAUGUCUAAAGGCACAUAUGGUGGUCUUCCUUCAGAAGUCAGCAUUAGUAUCUUAUGGUGUUUAUUGCUAUUUUGACAGGUAUAAGCUGGAUCAGGUAUAACUACAUCAGACGUUGCCUGCUUUCUUCUGAUGUUUUAUUUUUUAUAACAGAUGCCACAUUAGGACUUGAAAUUUUGUGAGCGUAUUCUGUAUGAUGAAGGGAAAAUUUACAGAAAAUUGUGAGACGUUCUAUUGUUUAAUUCACUUCAAAGAAAAAUAAAACAUCAGAGGAACUUCGGAAACAUGAAAAGCAGUUACGAUGAUUCAGAUUAAAUCUGUCCAUUUUCAGUCACUAGAAAUUAAGCAACAUUGCAACGUACAUCUUGUCAUUUUGCUCCAAGGAACUCUUCUUUGAUAUUAUUGUAAAAUAAUUCUAUCCAACAUAUGUUACUUUAUACUUACCUCUUUUUUAAUCAAAUUUAUCCAUAGGUAACGACUAGGUAUUCUUUGCUUCAGUCUUCUCGUUAAUUAAUUACGAAAAUUUCACAUUUUCUAAGAUUUAAUUUGCACCUUCAGUGUGAGAAUAUCCGAGUGGCAAUGCUGUGACGAAAUUGCAGCAAAAUCGUCAAAUUCUUGGCAUUUCAUUGCCUUCGAAUCGAGUCAGAAAAUAUUGGCUUCUUAGCUUUUAAACUGAAUUCAAUUUGAGAUGAAUUUUGGAUUUGAUUGCAUUUUCUUCUUUUUCUCUCUGUAAAUUUUUGGCAAAAAUUACAAGGUAACAGUGAUUAAAUCAUGAUGAUAUCUUUCCAGGUUUCAUAGAAUAAAGCUCUGACGAAUGGUUUUGCCGUACGAUUUGGCGAUAAAAUUGUAAAAGAUUGCUUAGUUACUGCUGACAAAUUAAAAUCUAAUUAAAUUUUCAUACUGCUAAAUUAUAAAUUUUUCAAUAAAAAAUGCUACUUGGGUCAAGGAUCUGUGUAAGAGAUUUGACACUUUGCUUAUCCAUGUAACCACGCUGAAAAUAAUUGAUUAAAAUUUAAGAUAGGUUCUUUUCCUUCUUUUUGCGACUAAUGAUAAGCUGAAACGUUAAAAAAGAAUUAGGGAAAAUUUUUGAAAAAUGAAUUUUAAUCCGGUGGAGGUGAGAGCACAAAACUAAUUUUUUCGGUCAGUGGAUUUAGUCUGCAGCAAUACAUUUUCCCACACAUUUCCUCUCUGAAAUUACACUGUGAUAGCAACCCACAAAACUUCAAAAAUCAACAUCUAACCUGAGAAUCAAGUAUUAUAAUACAUGCUGAAAGAGAAUACUGGAUAAUAUUUAAGAGCUGUCGUGAUCAAUAUUAACAAGAAACCCGAACCAACCUACACUGAUUGAUUUCUAAACUUCAGUACAUCAUUUUCUUCAUUUAAUGUUGAAAAUUCAACAAGUAAAGAAAUAUAAGAGGAAAAAAAUGCAGAAUUUUUCUACUGGCCAAUUUCAGAAAGAGACUGCUGUGAAAGAAAUUAAGGAUUCAAGGAAAUCAGAUGCAAAUAUUCCUGACUCAUUACGUUUGGCUCUCAGUCUCUCUCAUCUGAUUACCGUUGGCGUUCACAAGGAAACCCUGAACUGACCAAUUAUAAGCAGCGACAGAUGUAUCUAUUUACCAUCAAUGAGCCACCUGUAUUUUGCCAGCCCUUUUUGAUGAGGAACAGAUUUACAAUUUUGUUGAUUGUGGCUAACGGAUAGUUGUUGCUCUUUAAUUUCAAAGGUAAUUUUUUCCUUUUUUAAAAAUGAUUUUUGUUCGUAUUUUCAUUUUUGUCAAUGUAUUGCUUCUGCAUUAGAUCUGGAUUCCAUCUCACAACCAACCACGAUGCGUGUUCACUUUGAUAGAAUGUCUCUUGCUGACUCAACAGGUCUAUAUAUUUUUCUCACUAACAAUAGUUCAGAGUGCCUACAUUGAGAGGGCGUUCAAGUGUAAUUCUCUCUGACAUUGAUUGAAAAAUGGACAAUUUCUAGCUAUUUUAAGGAAUCUUUUCCAAGCAAAUGUUGCGUAUUCUUACUUUUUAAGUGUGUUGAAAGAAAAAAAAAUCUAAGACUUAAAUGCAAUGAAAACAAUUAGGUGUAAAUUAAAUUUAAAAUUCCUCCCUUUCUGAUGAAUUUUCGGCGGUCCACCAAAAUCGUGUCUAAAAGUAAGGCUGAGACAAAAGAGGGUUGAACUGGGAAGAUUCAACUUUGAACGCUGUUUUGAAGAGGUAAAUUCAUUCCCUUUACAUCCAAGCAAACGAAAACAAUUUCUAAAAUUUUUAAUUUUUUAUGGUCCUGUUUUCUAUUAGUUGAACCUGCAGUUUAUUGCCCCUGCUAUUUCUGGCUACUCGUUUACUCUAUCAUCCAAGGCUACAAAUAUUUUGGCUCUUUUAGUUAAUCCGUUCAAAAGGCGGAUCCAAGCAGAUGUUUGUUUUAGCCUUUGCGGACUCAAAUUUUGAACAAAACGUUGUGAUUGAAUAGUGAUUUAAGAAAAAUGGCAAUGAAGGCACGAAACAAAACGAAGGCAAUGAAACGAGGCAGGGAAACACUUACGAAGCAAGUUGUGACCUCAGAGGAGACUAUUAACUUUGCGGGCUGAACGUCAUUAAAUUAGUUCCAGGAAUUUCUUGAUGAAUAAAAUUAUUCCGAUUUGAUUAAGUUUGAACAUUUUUGAGAAAUUCUCUCACAUGAGGGAAAAAUUGUCUUUAAGGAGCCUUAUUAUACUUAAUCAUUGUUUGAUUAAAAUGUUUACUCUUCUUUAACUCUCACUAUGACUUACUCCAUAUUUAUCAAUAUAUUUAACACUAAUUAGAACUUCAUGCACUCAUGAACAUAUAAACUGCUUUACUGCUUUUGUUUGAAUUUUAAUAGAUUACUAGUAAGUGAAACCUAAGUUAAUGGUAAGCAAAACUUUAUUAAGUAGAGACACUUAUUAGAAUUAGGGAGCAACUGAUGAUGAACAUCUGUAUCUAAUUGAACACUUAGACGUAAGAGCUUGCAGCAAUAAUAUUACAUUAAGACACCUUUUAGAAUUAGGGAGCUAAAAUUUAGACUAUAAGAGCUUGAUAGGCAAAUAAGGCAAAGGCAAAUAGAAAAAAGGCAAAUAGGUUUAUAAGGCAAUAAUUAUGGCUUAGCUUUUAAAAAAAUGCGUUUGAAAUUAGGUUUAAUUUUAGUUUUAAUUCAAUUAUGCUUUUUUCAAAGAAGGCUUUUUAAAGAUGUCGAUAUUUUACUCAACAGUCAAUUCUCGAACUUAACAAAUCGCUAAAUUCCAGCCAUGAACCUGAGUAAGUUGAGGGAAGUUUACUCAGGUCUUGCGCAAAGUUAAUACAUCCGAUGUUGUCCAUGAGAGGUUUUUUUUAGGAUUGGCUUGCGUCACUGAAUAAAAAAAUUGGAAUUGAACGGUGCUGAAGUCAUGAAUGAAAGUGGUCUAGAGGAGCAACCGUACGGAUGGUUACAGAGAAGAAAGGUCUUUUUUUUUAAUCUGUUUUUGGCACUUUCAGACACCUUGGAUAAACGUACAUCUGGUUUCUUUUAGGGGGCAGAGGUCCAAUUAUACGUCUAUGGGGCUUUUUCUUGGUAAUUUUUUUAACUUCUAUUGAAUGAUGACUGAUUCAUCAAAGUAUUAAAAAGAGUCAAUAACUGAUUAAAAGGAAGAAAAGAGGAAAACCAUGAAUCCAAACUAGACCAAUGCAACAAUUGACGUAAUCAUUUCACAACAGGCACUCCGUCACUAAUUGAUUUUUGCACAGAAAUGAAAUCUCCAUGGGAGAACGCAUCGACUCUGAAAAAUUUACCUAAUUGGAGAUAAGUCCUUUUCAAAAUGACUUUUUAAAGUCUCUCAUUUCAAGAAGAACCGCGGAUUCAUAUUAGACCAAUGAAGAAAUUGAGGUGGUCAUUUCAAUAAGAAUACCUCCACUUUUGGUCAAAAUUGACUUUUAUGGAAA